AGGAUACUUUCAAUGUCCCUGUGUCUCACCUACACAUCCCAGAUGAUCUGAGCCAGAAACUACACACACCCUCAGAAGACAACAGUGAAACGCAGAGUGGACUGGUCCCUCCAUCUGAAGACAGACCGACAGACCCACCAGAGACCGAUCAACCAAUCGUUGCUGCUGACAUUAGGCAGACUGACAGGCCAGUGCCUCUGGAGAGAAGACAUCCUGCUCAUGGUCCCACACUUUCCCAAGAGAGUAUGGAUGGUGAGGUGGUGUCAGGGGUGACCGGAGGAGCAGUGGCGAGCCCAUGGGACAUGUUUGCACCAGCAGCAGAGCUGCUCAGGACCUCCUCUGCAUCUGACGAAUCCAUCACCUCGGAGCCCCUCCCCCUCCAGAAGAGCCCGUCUCUGCUCGACCCCACUCCACAACCAGUCACCCUUGCAACGUUUCCCCUGGCAACCAACACCCAGGUGCCAACCCUGACCCAUGGGGCCACCCAAAGGUCAGGCGAGCACUCCCUUCCUCCUUAUCAAAAACCAGGCCCCUCCCACAGCCUACUCCCCUCCAGUGGCGGCUCCUCCACUGUGAGUCUAUCUACAAAGCACCAACGCUCUCGCAUGAAGCUCCACCACAGUGGCUUAACCACAACACUUCAACUUCCAGUCACGGAGCAGCAGGAUCAGGUGGAGGAGGAUGUUGUGAAGAGGUGUAGGAAGGUUAAGAAGAAGAGUUCUGUGCAGACCCCCGAGGAUAAUGAUAUCACCUGGGAGGAGGAAAAUAUGCAGAAGAACUGUAGCCUGCCCUCCUGGAUGUUUGAAACUCAGGAGGUUUCCAGGAUUGGGGAGGGAAGCAGCUGCAAACAGAAGGCAGUUGCAGCAAUAGCCCCCGGAGGUCCUCCAAUGUAAGGGUGACCAGUUUUCAACCAAGAAAUAGGAUAUAUAUUGACCAUUUAGUGGAAUUUUUAACCUGUCCAUUUUGUUAGAUUGGUGUGAAGUAAAUUAUCUGUCUUGCUCUCUCCGGUUCACAGUGAUGGCACUUCGUUCUCAUAUUCUUAUCAGCUGUGUGGCCGCAUUUCGAAGGAUUUAAGCCAUUUAAAGUGUGUGCCGUGCCUUCGGAAAGUAUUUAGACCUCUUUGCUUUUUCCACAUUUUGUUACUUUACAGCCUUAUUCUAAAAUUGAUUAAAUAAAUACAAAUCUU